AUGAACUAUUUUACACCAAGAGAUGUGCUGAACAAAGGCCAAAGCCCUAGGAGAAAACAAGUGCAGACUCAGAGCAAAGCUGGCCAUCUGGAGUGUGAUCCAGUCCCCCUGGCAAUGAGCCCUGUCCUGUCAGCAUUUAUGAGCGAGUUCCCCGGCUGGCUCCUGUUCUUGGGGGUCUUCCUGCCUGUGACUUUACUGCUGCUCCUUCUCAUUGCUUACUUCAGGAUCAAACUGAUUGAGGUGGGCCUGGAGCCUCCAGGCUGCAUACAGGUAGGGAGUACAGGAGAGGUGAAUGAGGAGAAGGAGGGAGCUGUGUAUUAA